GUAGAAUGACACGUGGCUGACAACAUUCCUACUAUGACCAAUCAGAUUCCACAGUCAGGUAAGGGAGAACUUGGAGGUCGUAGAGGAGAACCCAAAUACUGCAUGAAAGCAAAGUUCACACGUGGUCUAUUGCGGAUCAAUAGUCAUAGAUGUACCGUACUUCUAGUACAGUUUCUCUCGUUUCGCUAUCGUGCUGUCCUGUGUACAAUCAGUGCCACUUUUUUAAAAAGGGUUCUCCCUGCUGAUGCUCAGGCAUGGUACGACAGUGUACGUACAGCACAUACUACUUCAGCUCAGGAGACCACGGACCAAACGGGGAUUGCCGUAGAUAAGUACCCGUACGUACGUACCGUACCUUUCAGAACAAACUGUUCGCGUGCCGCGGAAGUGUCACAUUUUGCCAUCAACGUAAUACAGCAAUCAUUUUAUUUUCGAUUUCGCAUUGGAGUUGCUACCGGUAGUUGGUCAAGUUCAGGCUUCACAUCAUAAGAGGAACAAAUGCGCUACUCGCAGAUAAGAAAGUUCCGAUCGUACCGAAAGAAUCGAGUAAGGCAUUGCGAGAUACACAUCAACAACAAAAUAUGCCGCCGCAACAACAAAAUACUGGAAUCUGUACAGGGCGAGAAUGCAAGAAUAUAACUCGUGGUGCAAACGACGAAGAGGAGUGUGACGAUGAUGAAGACCACUUUGAAGAUUCAUAUUCGGUGCCUCUAGAAGAGAUGAUAGGUGAAGAAGCCACACGAGGGAUUGGCGUAUCUCGUCAACACACCAACUCCCUAUACGAAGCCCCGCCGGCUUGGUCACUGGCGCCAUCUAUAUUUCCUUCAUUCGUUCAAUCGGGUUUGGAAGGAAAAGCUUCUUUCACUGAGCUGAAAUACUGGAUUGCACUUUCGUUGACAUUGGAUGGAAGGGAUAAGAUUACAAAAGUCCUUCAGUACGCAUCGCGACUAAUGGCAUGGUGGUUGGUAUCGAGCGUACACUCUAGCAGAAUAUCUCGUGCUCAUGCUAGGCGUUUUACGAGCCUUUAUAAAAGUCUGGGCAGCAGCAGAAAGGCAUUUCGACUAGGACGGUCAAUCAACGAAAUACAUAAGAUAUCUAGUAUGGGCCUAUUCGGAUUAUUCUAUUGGCAUUUGAAACAACAAUACUUGGAGGAUAAUCGCAAAUCAAUUGUUGGUCACGAUAAAGGGGGAUUGAGAGAAGAAAAUGCAAAAGAAAACGACAGCAGUCCCGGAAAACCUCCAUGUGUUAAUUCUUUUCUAGAACCUUCGAGAUCGCUUCGAGCUAAGUUUGAUGCUAAUCUCGUCGGCUUUACCCGUCGAAUACAGUCGUUGUUGCUCUCUUCUUUUGUUGCCGUUUUUCCAUCGAACGAAGACACAAGUGUGGUGUGGUGGAAGCUGAUUGGUUCGCUUUUGAAAACGCUUGGGAUGCUUGGUUACUGGCUGGGUGAUAAUGCAAACUUUUUGACUUCUAGUGGAGCCCUGGAUGAUUACAGCCUUUCUGACAAGAGUCGCUUGGAGCGUCGAAAAAACUGGCUGGAAACUACUGCGAAGAAGGCCAACCAAUUUUACUUUUUCGCUACCAUAGUAGGGUUGGCUACAAAUCACUACUCCUACUAUCGGUUUGGAUUGAAAAGUGCGAUGCUAGGCCGUCGGGGAGGACAAAGCGAGGAAGGUUGCAGUGGAAAGUUGGAGCCAGGGGAAGAUAACGAUCGUGUUAAGCAUUCUGAAUGGACGAAGCAGAAAGAGGAAGAGAAACAGUUUUCGCUUUUCCUAGCUGUUCUGAAGAGCUGGAUGGACGUUAUUGUAUUUAGCAACAAUCCAGGAAUUGAUUUACAUAAGAAGUUGAGAGGGCGAAAAAACCAUGAAGUCAUUCAUUGUCUCUGUGGUUUGAUUUCUGCCGGUACUAGUCUAUUGAGCAACUUUCCAGAUGCUAACAAAUGAACAUGAUUGUUUCUUUCAUGAUAGGAUAUGAACUAUGGCUGCGAACGAUUAACGCUGACACACCAUAAAGGUAUCUCAUAUCGCUCGCUUCAAUAAGUAUGGCAUCGGUACUACAAUUAUAAAAAUGAGAUUCGAAACGUCAGUUGUGAGUUCGCCACGAACAACCUCACCAAUAGCUAGAGCUACUGGUACCAAUACGAUGCUUUUAGGGAAAUAACUUCUAAUUUUUUAC